UGGACAAAAUAUGAAUAUGAAUGACAGUCUUGACUUUGAUCCAGCGGCUUUGAACUCGCUGGCUACAUCGACCCCGAAACCAUCAAAAUUAUCGAAUGACAGAUCAGGUCGACGAUCAUGGUUUGAAAAACCCACGGGAAUAACCUACAGCAUUGCUGUUGAAAAUAAGGAAAAAUAUGAUGCCAGAAGAAAUAGUGAUGUUGAGCUUGAAACAUUGGUUCUAACCCAUUUCACAACUUCUCCAAAAAUUGGAUUUGGGAUAUGCAAAGUUGGAAUUCCAAAACGGAGAACAUUAAUUGUUAAAAAUCCACAUGAUUAUCCACAAAGCGUGAAAAUUGAACGUAUUCCACACAAGAACAUUUUUUCCUUUGAUUCUAUAGAAUUUAUUGUCGAUGGAGAAAGCAUGUAUAAUCUAGAAAUUUCAUUCAAUCCAGAAAAUGAAGGCAACUUUAGGGAAAUGAUACAGUUCUCUAUAGAUAAUGCUUACAGACUUCAAGCAUUUGUUUUUGGAACCUGUCAAAAACCCCAGAAGAAAAAGAUUGUGACGAGAAAAGGUCUCCUGAAUCAAAAAGUAAAAAGACCUUUAUCGGUGGUGUACACCCAAAGUUUGGCAAACAUUGCUAAAUCUUAUAGUCCAGAUAAGUCAGAAAAGGAUUCAGUCUGUGUGAAAAGUUUAAGAAAAGAUGAAAACAAACUGCAAACUUCAGGAAAACUUUCUAUCAAAAGAGAACUCAAGUCAAGUAAAAAAAAUCAUCGUAGGUCAAACACCUACAACUCAUCAGACCAAGGAGAAAUGCAGAACAAAUCUCAAGAAAGAUCACAGGAAAAUAGAGCAUUAAGUGUAGACAAAGAAAAUGAUGAAAACAAAGAGAACCAGGGUAAGACGCCAGAGACUGACAAGAGAAACUUAGAACAGAUGACUGAUGUUGAUAAUGAGUCUUCUGAACAUCAGCAAACCAUAGUGGAAGAAACUUGUACCAAUGUCAUCUCACCUGACACUUUUCUGAAGAAUUUGAGUGGGCAAGGACUUGGUGAGGGGGAGAUUGGAAUGACGGGGAAUUGUAAUGAUACUCCUUCAACUAUACCAACAACUAAGGGGUGUAUUAGCCCGAACACAUUUUUACAAGAUUUGAAUGAAACCAAAGAGAAUUUACAGGUCAACUCAGACCAGGACCAUUCUAGCAGUGUAGAUGACGUACUAAAUAAAUCAGUACCUCAUGAUGUCAUGCUUAGCCAACUGGAAUUUGUGAAAUCAAAUCUGAAAUGGAAAAUGUCAAACAGUUUAUGUUUGAAUGCAUCAAAGGAAGGUUCUAUGUCAGAGACAACUGAUGAAAGAGCAUUAACAUUUGUGGCAUCUAACAUACCUAACAAUGCAUUUAGCAUUGUUCCAGAGGGCAGCAGUCCUCGUAGAACCACUUAUACAGUCAAGAGAAAACGUUCUCCUUGUAAAACAAUGACCAAAGUUAUGCAGAGAAGGGUUGCUCGAGACAAGGUCACUGUCAAUCAUUCAAAAGAUGGAUAUGCGAAAAAUGUUAAGCCGCAAAUGGAGGGUAGGGGAAAGGCUCCCAAAAGGAGAAGAAGUGGAAGUUUUACCCCAAGAGCUGUUCGGAAAACUGAAAGUUUAUUUCACCUUACUGAAAAUGUUGGAAAAAGCACUCUUACUGAACCAACACCAGAGAGAAUGGCAAAGGAAAAACAUGUAUUUGACACACCAGACAAUAUUUGUUUAACACCAGAAAUACUGAAAAUAUCCAAAAAUCCAUGUAACAUGUUACCUGAAAAAGAACCAUCAAAUUGGGUGCUUCCCACACCAGAGAGAAUCCUACUGAAUGCAAGCAAAAUGGAAGGUAAUACAAAAACCCCGCUGUCUCAUCAUUACAGAAGUCUGAAUUUGUUAACACCAGAGCAGAGUCUUCAGAAAAUGGGUCCAGGGGAGAUAGAUGUUGGCACGACAUGUUCCAAACAGACUCUCAGCCUAGAUAAUUUUACAUCAGACAAAGGAUCUCUCACAUAUUUACCAGACAGCCCUCUGCAACAAGCUAUUACACAUGAAGUAUCAGAAACAAACUUGAAAGAAGUGUCAGUAUUGGAAGAGAGACAACCAUCUGUCUGCUUAUUCUCUCAGUCAGGAGAAAAGGGUCAGAGAACUUCAGACUCCCCUUGUACUAGUGAGAGUUUAGAGGGAAGUUUUAUUGGUACUCCUCUUCCAACUAGUCCCAACCCUGACAUGUCUAGACGAUCCACCCAUAUCAUUCAAAAUCCUAGGGUAGUUAACUCUAGUCAAAUGGAGAAAAAGCGUCUUUUCCCUCCACUUGACACGCUUGACAAUGAAGAACUGGAGGAUAAAGAAAAUAUUCCACUGAGACACACAAGCCCUGACACAUGCAUAGAUAAUGUUUGUGGUACAUCACCAUUAAAAAAACAGGGAUUUUCUUUUGAAGAAAAAGAAAAAGGUGAUAGGAAUUCAAGAGUAGAUCAGUGCCCUAAACCUGAAACAAUUUCAACCUCAUCUGACUAUAUGAAUGAUCCAUCUAAAUCUAUAGGUAGUUAUGAGCAGUCUUGCAAUGAAAAUUUACUGAAAUUGUCUGAAGUGAAAGGGAUUGCCGCAAAGAACGACAAUGACAAGACAUGCUUAAAACUAGACAAUUGUACAAAACAAAGUGAUGGAUAUUUUCAUCACAUAUCUGUCUCUGAAAGUUGUGUUAACAAGGAUGCCAGCCUUGUACCUUUGAAACAGGGAUUAUCAGUUGAAAGCAAAGUAAAGAAAGCCAAGGGUGUUGGUGUCUUUGAAAACCAUAGUGAAAAAUCCAAAAUAAUAAAGAAGCAAGAGAUAUCUAAGAAGGGACAGGUUUCUCAAAAGUGUAAGACUGACGAAGCUGGUGUUCAAAGGCAAAAGGUGACAGCUUCAGUCCAAAGACAAACUGCUAAGCCUAAAACAGCUGGAAUUGCAAAGUCAAAGCUUAUACUGAUGAAAAAGACAAAAACAGCCUUACCAAAGCAUCCUUUACCAUUUGCAUCCAAAAAUAUUUACUAUGACGAAAGAUGGAUGGAAAAGCAGGAACGUGGAUUUUCUCAUUGGUUGAAUUUUAUUUUAACACCAUCCACUGAAAUGGGAAACAACACGAAAUGUAAAGUUGAUGCCUCCAAGCUAGAUUUUUAUAAAACAGGACCCCACAAAUUGGCACCAACCAAAGAAGCACUGUCUUUCCGAGAGUAUUCAGCCAGUCGUAAAUUAAAUGGCCUUCGUCGUUCUGCCUGUAAACUAUUCCAGUCUGAGACAGUGACAAUGGUGGUCAGAAAACUGGAGAUGGAGGUAGAAAGUCGACGCUUAAUGAUCAGAAAAGACCGCAAGAUUCAUGCUGAUCUAGGUCUGAGACAGUCCAUUUUAGAUCUGUUAUUAUCUUUCAAUCCUUUAUGGCUGAGAGUAGGAUUAGAGACUGUAUUUGGAGAAAUAAUCAGCAUCAAAGACAACAGUGAUGUUAUUGGCCUUUCUCACUUCAUCAUCACAAGAGUUUUGGGAAAUCCUGACAUAGCCUUUCAUUUUGCUCAUCCUUCAGUCCCACACCUCUACAAAGAAGGCUACUCGGAGGCUAUAGCUCAGCACUUUCUGAAGAAGUUCCUGUUGUUAGUGUAUUUCCUGGAUCAUGCUAAAUGUCAGCUAUUAAUCAAGCAUGAUCCCUGUCUGUUUUGCAGGGACUCUGAUUUCAAAUCCUGUAAAGCCCUACUGGUUGAGUUUUCAAGUCACUUCUUGGCCGGUGAGGGAGACAUCAAUCGACAUCUUGGAUACCUAGGAUGCAUCACUGGUCACACACAGACUGCUCUAGAUGAGUUUGAUUAUGCCAUUCAGAACUUGUGUACUGAUCUCAGAGAUGGACUUAGACUGAUACGGAUUUUAGACUUGUUGGAAGAGAAAGCACCAUUGAAGAGAAAGCUGAGGGUACCAGCAAUCAGUCGCCUCCAGAAAAUUCACAACAUGGAUGUAGCUUUUUCUAUUCUUAAAGACAUUGGUAUUGACAUGGAGAGAGAUGUAAAAAAGGUCACCUCUAGAGACAUAGUGGAUGGACACAAGGAAAAGACUCUACAUUUGUUAUGGAUGAUCAUUUUGAAAUACCAAAUUGGUUUGAUAUUGAAUGUAGAUCAACUGAAGGAAGAAAUUUCUGCCUUGGAGAGAUCUCUACAGCUGCGCAAGCAUCUACAGGCUCUAAAAAAUUAUGAAAUGGGUUUGCAGCAUAAAAGAAGGGAAUCUACUUGUGAUGAUCUGUACUCAAACAAUGAACUUCUAGCCUCCCUUUUGAAAUGGUGCAGAACUGUGUGUCUUUUCUAUGGACUCAAGGUGGAGAAUUUCACUGUGUCAUUCAGUGAUGGACAGGCAUUAUGCUUCCUUGUACACCACUAUCACCCAGAUCUGCUUCCUCAGACUCUGAUUAGCACCAAGACCAGUAUGACCUACCAAGAGGAGAUGGAGCAUCAGACAUUGGACUGUAGUUUAUCAGACAGCCCAGCCCCAAUGUCAGUUUCAGCUGACCAAGAUGUAUUCAAAGAUUUACUGAAGAAUGAAAGAGAAAAUUUCAAAGUUCUGCACCAGAAGGUAUCCGAGUUAGGUGGUGUGCCUAUGAUGAUAAAAGCUGCUGACAUGUCUAACACAAUACCUGAUGAGAAAGUAGUUGUGACCUACGUCAGUUACCUGUGUGCUCGCCUGCUGGACAUCAGGGAGGAAUGUCGUGCUGCACGCACAAUACAGCUAGCCUGGCGCAGACACUACCUACACAGAGCCAGGGCAAAAUUACAGGUCCAAGAGAAAGCAGCUAUUAAAAUCCAAAGAUUUAUCAAAUGUCACAGGCAAAGGACGCUUGAAAGAAAACAACAAUACUCAGCUAUUAUCAUUCAGCGAUGUGUACGACAAUAUCUUGCAAGAAAAAAACUCCGACAAAUGAUGGAAGAAAAACGAUUGAGAGCUGCUAGAGUAUUGAAGAAUUACUUGCUGACUUGUAUGGAACGAAAGCAUUUUCUCAGCAUGAAGGCAAGUGCCAUUAAGAUCCAGUGUGUUGUUCGAGGAUUUUUAGUACGGCAACAAUUAGCAAAGGAGAAGUCUGCUGUAAGACUGAUAGAGAACUGGUACUUAUUAUCCAAGCAAAGCAAACAACUGAGAGCAAAUUUUCUACAUAAGAAACAGUGCAUAAUUACAAUUCAAAGAGCUGUCAGAAAGUUCAGGGAGAGGAGAAAGUCAGAAAAAGAAAGGGCGGCAAUAGUACUACAGAAAACUUGGAGAGCUUACUGUGUGAAGUGUUGGUACAAAAAGACACAGGCAAGCAUUACUGUGAUUCAAAGAGCAUUGCAUGCAUGGAAACAGAGGAAAAAUUUCUUAAGGAAACGGAAAGCAGUAUUAUUUCUACAACAAAAAUACCGAGCCCACCAACUGGCCAAAAGACAAAGAGCCACAUUCAUUCAGAUUAAAUCGUCCUCCAUUGUAAUACAGCAGGCUUGGAAGAGGCACUUGGAAAAAUGCACUCGAGCAGCAACUAAAAUUCAAUCAUAUUGGAGAUGUUUUAUGGCGCUGAGAAAAUACAGGAUAGUUAGGAAAGGAGUGGUGGCUACACAGGCAGCAUUUAGAGUGUAUUCUGCCAGAAAACUGUAUCUGAGUCAACAUAGGGCAGUUAUAACAAUUCAGGGAAGAUGGAAAGAGAUUCUGGUGGGAAGGCAGAUCAGACAAAGAUUUCUUGCUCAAAAAGCAGCAGUUAUCACAAUACAGGCAACCUUUAAAGGCCAUCAGGUUAGAAAGCAGUUCCUACAGACACGUUUUGCUGUGAUUAUCUUCCAGAAAAGUUUUCGCAGGCUUGUCACUUACAAGAAGUUCCAACUUAUGAAGGAGAGCACUGUCAAGAUUCAAAGAAAGUGGCGUGCAACACAGCAUAUGAAACAAAUAUUUACACAAUAUCAAAUUGUCAAGCAAUCAGUAUUAGCAGUUCAGUCAUAUUUCAGGGGGUAUAGAGUCAGAAAAGCCAUUGGUGUCAUACGACAAAGAGAAGCAGCAGCUCAACUUAUACAGAAGAGCUGGAGAGGCUACAGCAUAAGAAAAAAGUAUUUGACAGUCAAAAACUGUGCCAAGAUCAUUCAGACUGCCUACAGAUCAUGGAAACUAAGAAAAGAUAAGGAGCAGAAAUGCAAAGCUGCAAUCAUCCUACAAAGAAGAUACCGAGCCAUUCUUAGUGCAAGGUUACACAGGAAAUCUUUCCUGCAGGUCAGAUCUGCCUGCUGCACGAUUCAGAAACAAUGGAGAAUGAAAGUUAUAAAAAGAAAUCAUGCAGCAAUUACAAUACAAUCUCAGUGGAGGACUUAUGCUGCACAAAAAAGAUUCAGAGAUAUCAAAAAAUGUGUCAUUUCUAUACAGACAGCUUAUAGGGCGUGGAAGUCAAGAAAGGAUUACAUACUGAAAAGGAAUGCAGCUGUUAUCCUUCAGCAGAAAUACAGAGAAUAUAGGAGAGGAAAGGCUCAGAGAAAAAGCUUCCUGAUCAGUAAAGGGGCAGCACUGACUAUACAGGCAUUUUAUAGAGGUUACCAAGAAAGAAAACGGUUCAGAACAUUAAAGAGGUCUGUCAUAAUAAUUCAGGCUCAUUUCAGAGGCUCUCAGGAAAGACAUAAGUACUUGUCCAAAAAGUCAGCAGCUUUGACAAUUCAGAAAAGAUUCAGAGAAAUUUUAAGAGCAAGAAGAGAGAGGAGAUAUUUCCUUCUUCAAAAAGGAGCUGCUAUAUCAAUACAAGCAAGUUACAAGGCAUACAGAGCUAGAAAGAAGUUCAUUAAAGUUCAUUCUGCUGUUGUCAGACUUCAAUCAGUGGUCCGUACUUACUUACAGAAGAAAAGGUACAAAGAUUUUAGAGAUAGAGUUUGUACAAUACAGAGAAAAUGGAGGGCAACUCUGAUGAUGAGAAACGCAAGGCUUCAAUUUAUGAUGGUCAAAGGAGCAGCUGUCACUGUGCAGGCGUUUUACAGAAAGUGUCAGGCUCAGCAGGAAUUCCAAAAAACAAAAACAUCUAUCAUCAAACUUCAAUCCUUCAUACGUCGAUGUCUAGUCCAGAAGGAGUACAUGAAAAUCAAGCAGUCAGUGUGCGUUAUACAAAGACAAUUCAGAGCAUACAUGGACAUGAAACAGACACAGAAGGAGUACCUUAUUCUUAAAGGGGCUGUUAUUACUAUUCAGGCUUGCUUUAGAGGUUACUUGGAGCGUCAUCAUUACAGAAAGAAGAGGGCCGCCAUUGUCAAGUUACAGUCAGGAGUAAGAAAGUUUCUCUGUCAAAGAAAUUAUGCAAGACUGCGACGUACUGUUCUUGGAAUUCAAAGACAAUUCCGUCAAAAAAUGUGUGCAGCAAGAGUAAGAGAGAACUUCUUCAUUACCAAGGGUGCAGCCAUCACUAUUCAAGCCCACUAUAGAAGACAUAUUCAGCAGAGAGACUACAAUCAUAAGAGGCAAGCAGUUAUAAAACUGCAGGCAUUCACUUGCAUGAAAAUCCACAGAGAUUUAUUUCUGAUCAAAAAAAGGGCUGCCUGUCAAAUACAAAAGUGGUACAGAAAUAAAUUGCAAGGAGAUAGAGUUCAAACAGAAUACCAGAUAAAGAGACAAUCGGUAAUAAUUAUUCAAAGUGCUUUCAGAGGUUGGAUAGCUAGAAAACAAGCGAAACAAAGAAAAAUGUCAAUUAUCCAUAUUCAGGCUAUUGUCAGAAAAUUCAUCACAGUACAGAAGUUUCAGAUUUUAAAGAAAUAUACCGAGAUUUGUCAGAGGCGCUAUCGAGCCAAGUUACAUGGACGAUUUGUUCGUCAUCAGUAUUUGGCCCUCUGUAAAGCAGCUGUGACAAUGCAGUCAUGCUACAGAGGAAAACAGACAAGAAGAUUAAUGUCAUUGAAGCAAGAAAGUGCCAGAAGAAUUCAGUCAUGGUACAAAGGCAGAAAACAAUGCAUAUUGUACAUGAAACUCCGAAAAUCAGUCCUACUGUGUCAGAAAAUUUACAGAACUCGUAGGUUAGCACAGUCAGAUCAAAGGAAGUUCUUGGCCCUUAAAGGAGCCGCUCUGACUAUUCAGGCAGUUUAUAAAGGUUACAAGACUAGAUGCAUGUACCAAAGGAUGAAGCAGGCCAUAGUGUUGCUCCAGGCAGCUACGAGAGGUUUUCUAAACAGAAGGAGGCUGAAGAAACGUCAUGAAGCUGCGACAAUCAUACAGAGAGGUUUUAGAAAACACUUGCACAGUGAACUUGUCAAGCGUCACGAGAAAGAGAGACAAGCAUACUUGGUACAAUUUGCCAAGAAAGUACAGAUUCACAUGGCAGCAAUGGUCAUUCAGAGAUCCUACAAAAAAUAUGUAUCAUUAUGUCAAGCCAAGAAACAACUUCAAAGUGUCCUCAUAAUACAAAACUGGAUGAGAGGGCGAAUAUGCCGCUUGAGGUUUUUGAAGCUCAAGAGGUCUAUCUUUGUGAUUGAAACAGCAGCAUUAAAGUGGAUACAAAUACAGCAUAAUAAAGAAAAACACCAAGCGGCCACCACAGUACAGGCUGUUUGGAGAGGACGACAGGUGAGAAUGAAAAACAAAUGUAAGAAGAUGGAGAUGGUGCGACAACGAGUCGUGGAGGCUCACAGGACCGCUACGGAGGACAAGAAACUGGGAAACAGGACGGAGUCAGCACUGGAUUAUCUCCUACAGUACAAGCAGUUGUCACAUUUACUGGAGGCUUUAGUCCAUCUAGAUGUGGCUACACGUCUGUCCCCAGCCUGCUGUGAGAGACUGGUAGAAGUGAAUGCUGUGUCGGUGAUUUAUACACUGAUCAGUAGUUGUAAUAGAAGUCAGCCACACAUGGAGGUCAUUAAAAUGGCUGUCAGCAUUCUACUUAAUCUGGCCAAGUAUGACAGAACCUUGCCCUCUGUAUUUGUGGAGGGAGCACUGAAUAUUCUGCUGGAUCUGAUGCAGAUUUACAGAGAGAAGGGCAUCAUAUUUAAUAGAACCUGUACCCUGGUGGGAAUUUUAGGCAGAGAUGAAUGUCGAAGAAAGACCAUACUCUCACAGCCUCGAGUGACAGAGCGACUCCAGAGUCUGUAUAAAUUGACAGCAAGAAAAUAUAAACUGCACGAGAAUCAGCAAAUGCGACAAGCUAAAUUGAACGCAUCAAAAGUAUUUAACUACAGCCUUCCUAUCAGAGCUACCCCUCAUAAACUCCCAAAGAUCCGACCUGACUGGGUAUUGCACAGAGGAUCUUUGCAUAACAUUGACAAUCCAAUGCAGGCCAUCACCUUUGUAAUGGACAGCCUAUGCAUUGGACGGAGCUGAUUUACAGUGUACCAUUUUAAUUUUACGCACUUGUUUACUCUCUGAGCUAGUUCUUCUUUCUGUUAUAAGGAAAUUAUUUCACCUCUUCACCUGAGCUAGAGGCUUGUGAUCUCUUUGUGACAAUUUUAUGCAAUUGAUGAUUGUCACUAUAUAACUUCAUUUUCAGCUUCUUUACAAAACUACCAGAAAUUUUUCUAGCAAAAUAUACCUCAAAGAUGGGGGAUUGUGUAAAUGAAGGGUCAUUCAUACAUAGAUAGAUUAAUAUUUCUUUAAUAGAACCAUUGAACCAGAAAAGUCAGAAUGUAAAAAAUAUUUCAUUUAGUGUAGAUUCAAAUUAAUUCAAAUCAUGGUACCAGGUUAGAAUGCAUUUAGGGUUUGAAGUUUUAUGUAGAAUAUUUCUUUAAAAAUAUGUUUGUUUUGAUAUUUGAUGAUGCAACCUUGGUCAAGUUUCUUUAAUGGAAAGCUGAAAUAUCUUUCAACUAAUCAAUGUUGUCCAUGUAUAAAUAUGUUGAUAUACUACUUUGAUUAUUGUGAUUGAAUACAGUAUGAUUUACAUGAAGCUGAUCUGCAUGUAACAUUAUGAGCUUGGAAAACAUGCUAUGUCGCAUUUUAACAGUUGGUUCAACAUGCAGAUUUUGAAAAAAACUAAUGAAUACAUUUGAGUGCAAGAUAUAACAAUACAUGCAAUGAUAUUAUUAUGGAUCUAUGUAUCAUUUGCAAAUUGAAUGAACGGUGACAUUUCAGCAAAAGAGAGAAUGGUGGAUUUUAUCCUGAGUGCAUUUUUAGAGGGACAUUCUAACAGUUUUAUGAUACAAGUCAAAUAUAAAUUUCUGAUGUUUCUAUGCUAGAGAUUUUUUUUAAAACAAGGGGAAAAGUCAUGUUUUUUAAUUUUUUUUGUUUUACUUGUUGAUUUGCUUUUGUAUUGAGUACAAUACACCAUCAAAUUUUUCUGCUGCUAAUGUCAUCUGUAGUAUGAUUUAAAAUGAAAGUAACUUCAAAA